AUGUGGCCCAUUCCGGCGCAUUCUAUAAGUCUCUUAAAAAAGAGAAUGGAAAAAACUGUAAAAAAUGGUAUGGAAUUGUAUGGUAUGGAAUGGUAUGGAGUGGUAUGGAAUGGAUAUCAUCCACUUAGUUAUAUAUCCCCAGAUGAACCCAUGCCAUCGUCAUUUAUAAAUAAUAAAAAUGUUAUUGUUGAUCAUGAUUAUUGUCAACUUCCAGGCCUAGAUAUUGCAAAACGUGACGAAGGACAGCAGCAGCUGUCUUGUUUCGUUAGGCCGUUGCCAGAACCUGGUACUUCUUCUGCUACUUCUAAGACACUUGAUAUUCCUGAUAGUUCGGUUGCUCUAGAAGCGUUGCGUGAAAGCAACACUAACAUUGUGAAAACAGUCGUGGAAGUGCCUAAGCCGCUUUCGGCUAACAUAGAAUCGGGUACAUUAGAACAAGGAAUACCACAAAAUAUUGCUGAUAUCUCAUUCACAUCAAUUCAUUCACGUUCAUCUGCGGCAGCUACAGAACUAAUAUUUGAAUCCAAUGACACUAUUAGUUCGUUUAAAACACCGAACACAGUGGUAUUAGAAUCAAGCGAAGAUAUACAGUAUUCAACCAAUGAACUAAUGCAACAUGAACGAUCGGCCGAUCUUGUAUCAAUUUUCAAUCGUUAUGGACAUACGUGUUCAUAUCAGACUAUUAGAAAAUUGCACGAAGAUGCGGCCAAGAAACAGGGCGAUGGAUAUCAGCUCUCGAACACCGUUUUAUCCAAUUGUUUUGCCGUAAAAUGUGCAGACAACUUCGAUAUUAACCGUGAUACAGUUCAUGGUACUGGUAGCUUCCAUAUCAUAAAUCAGAUAAUCAUUCAAAAUCCUCAAAAUAUCAUACAAAUAUCUAUGGCAAGUGCAACAACUGAAAAGAGUAAUCAUCACGCUGGACCAAUAACUACUAUGUCGAUCAGGCAUCAUAAUACAUCUGGUAGUAACCUGUCACUGCAUCCGUCAGACUCAAACGUAAAUACACUAGCGAUAACAACAACAUCAAUUAUUGGUAGUAGAUUAUAUAUUCCAUUCGAAAACAAUUCUCUCGAUAUACCAUUAUGA